ACAGUGGCUGUCUGUGCCUACUACACAGAGAUUGAGUACAGUUCUGUUUAAGGCACGGACAGACCCCUUUGACGUUGUGAAACAUGGAAACAGACGAGGACGGGAGGACUGUGACGUAUACAGUUGUAUCAGCAGAUCGUGCUGGUAGCGGCGGCGCCGUGUUGUGGAAGGUGGCUACGGGAGUGUUGUUGCUGGUGUGUAUCGCCCUCGCCGUGGCGCUGGGCGUGGUGGUGGCGGGGGACGUGAAGCCGUGCGGGGCUGGCAUGGCGGCGGUGACCGUGGUGGAGGGGCCCCCGGGAGUGUUCGACGAUCUCACGGCGGCAGAGAUCAAGGCUGCUCGGGACUACCUGUUGGGCGUGACGCCCCUGGGCAUCAAGCCGAUAGGAGAGGCGACUUUUUACGACAACUACAUCUACGUCGUCGAGCUACACCUUCCACCCAAGGCCGAGGCUCUAUCCUACCUGGACAGUAACGGUCCCCGGCCGGAGAGACAGGCCUUAGUGACGGUGUACGGUGGCGGCAGGACGCAGCCCGUGGUGGAACAGUACGUGGUCGGGCCCCUGCCCAACCCCACCCGCCACACGGCCCACACACCGGCCGGGAGGAAGAACCCCAUCCCGUGGCACAGCCGAAAUCCCGGCGGCAUAGAACGGUCGUUGAUGAACGAGGCGAUGAGCCAGGCAACACGGCAGAUGGACGACAUUCUGGCGGAAAGUUUUGACGGGUUCAGACACAACGACUGUGGCGAGCUCUGUCUGUUACCCCUCGACUCAGUACCCCGAGGCUUCAGGAGUGGUGAGAGGAUGACAUGGCAACGCUUCCAUAGGGGUGUGGAGGGGUUUUUCCUGCACCCGCUUCCCUGUGCAAUAGAGCUAAACCACACAGACAUGGACCAUACUCGAUGGCAGGUGAUCCAAGUUGAAUAUAACAAUCAGUAUUUUCCAUCAGUCGCUGACUUUGUUCAAAGAUACAACGACGGAAGCGUGGAGAAAGUCCGUGUUCCCGCCCCAACCGGGGACGCCGCUCUGUACUCGUCCUCCCGCCGCCACGGAUCCCCCGCACACCCGUCUGAGCCUCUGCGGGGCCCGGAGCUGAUCGAGCCCGACGGCAGGCGGUACAAGGUGACGGGGCGCCACAUCGAGUACAUGGGCUGGAGUUUCGACUGGCGGCUCGCCACGACGAGCGGCCCGCACCUCUUCGACGUGCGCAUGAACGGGGAGCGGAUCCUGUACGAACUGGCCAUGAAGGAGAUCGCCACCUGGUACUCCGGAUCGGACCCCGUCAUGACAUCCAAGUUCGUCGACGGCGGGCUGCCAGUCGGCGGAAACUUCGAGCUCGCCCGAGGCAUCGACUGCCCGACCACGGCGACCUUCUUCGACACGGUUCACAUGAUGGACAAGGCCGGCCCCGUGCUGUAUAAAAACUCAGUCUGCGUGUUCGAACUGAACACCGGGAUACCUCUCCGCCGACAUUACGAGUCCAACUAUUACGACGGGCACUCCUUCUACGGAGGACUGGUGGACAACGCCUUGGUCCUACGCACCAUCCAGACAGUGGGUAACUACGACCUCCUGUACGACUUUAUCUUCCACCAGAACGGAGUGCUGGAAGUUAAGGCGACUCUGAACGGCUAUGUGCGGGUUACCUACUAUCACCCUAACCAAGCUCCAUACGGGUACCCCGCAUGGGGCGGUUCCAUGGCAAAUCUUCAUCAACAUUUCUUCAACUACAAAGUGGACCUUGACGUCGGAGGAACUGUAAACAGGUUUGAGACGGUGGACAUCACGGUGGAUAACGUCACCCUCCCCUUCCGGCCGGACGUACGUCACUUCCUGACACGGCUAGAGCGUAGCCAGAAAACAAGAGAGGCAGAAGCCACUGUCCAGUACGACUUUACAAAGCCUAAGUACUACAACUUCUACAGCGACAAUCACAAGAAUAGGUUUGACGUCCACCGCGGGUACCGCAUCCAGCUGAACGGGAUCAGCAAGAAUCUUCUCCCAAAGGACGGCGCGACUGCUGUGAACGGCGCGGCGUGGAUGGACUACCAGGUGGCCGUCACCCGUCGGAAGGACUCCGAGCCCAGCAGCUCCUCCAUCUUCAACCAGAACGACCUGUACGACCCCGUGGUCAACUUCCAGUCCUUCAUAGACGACAACGAGAACAUCGUGGACGAGGACCUGGUGGCGUGGGUCACCCUGGCGGCGCACCACGUCCCCCACUCCGAGGACUUCCCCACCACCGCCACGGCAGGCAACCAGCUGCAGUUCUUCAUCCGACCCUUCCACUUCUACGACGAGGACCCGUCCAUAGCGUCGCCCAACGCCGUGUGGAUAGGACGAGGUCCCGGCUCGUCCCAGAAUUACGUGGACAGGUACGGCACACCCGAGGUCUCCACGUGCGAGCCCAAACACAUACCCAUGAACUAUGACGGGAGGUGGCAUUACGCAUAAUGAAGGAUUGUGUUUACUAAUAGAUUGCCAAUUA